AUGGGGAAUUUGCCUAGAUCACGCGUGGAAAGGGCUCCCGCUUUUGAUCACACAGGCGUAGAUUUCUUUGGUCCUAUUUUCAUCAAGGAGAAAAAAUAUCGCAACAGAGCACAAGUCAAGUCUUAUGGCUGUGUUUUUAUCUGUAUGGCCACGAAAGCGGUACAUAUAGAAAUCGCGCAAGCAAUCAAACCUUCGAGAGUAUACGUCUUAUUCGGUUCUGAGCAGUUCCAGGAGGGUGUAAAUAAUUUUUCUAUACGGAAAAACAUUGAAUGGCACUUCAAUCCACCUCUGUCUCCGCAUUUUGGCGGUAUUUGGGAAGCCGCAGUGAAAUCCUUCAAGCAUCACUUCAAGCGCGUCGUAUGGGGACAGCUUCUAACUUUCGAAGAACUUAAUACGCUGGCUAUCGAAAUCGAGGCGAUUUUGAAUUCUCGUCCUUUGUGCUCGAUCAGCACUGAUCCCAAUGAUCCUGUCGCACUGACACCGGCGCAUCUUUUAGCUCGUCAGGAUUUCUGGAAAAGAUGGCAACUGGAGUAUUUGGGAGAGCUGCAAAGGAGACAAAAAUGGUUCGGAGUUAAUGACAAUCUUAAACUCGGAACCGUUGUCCUUAUCAUCGACAAAAGGCAACCCUGCAUGAGGUGGCAACUGGGAGUGGUCCUUGAAGUUCAUACUGGAAACGACGGAAACAUUCGAGUCGCUACCAUAAAGACUGCACAAGGAACAUUUAAAAGAAACAUCACGCAGUUAUGUCCGUUACCCGAUGUAGCUUGA